UCGCCAUCGCAUUGCUGACGCUCAGUCUCUGCGUAGUCUGCGACUCCUCUAAUAUCGCCCUGUCGACCACCCUGGUUCGCUGCCGCAUUCGUCCCCUCCGCGAACCCACGUACAUCCACCUUCCUCCAUCCCCCUUUCUGUCUGAUUCGUCGAGAUGGCAACCACCGAAGCGCCCGCUCCGAUCAAUGGCAACUACGCGCCGCAGGGAUAUGACGCGGUAGCCAGCAAUUACGCCGCGGCCAACGCCAACAGCGCGCCCGGCUACACUGCGUCUCAGCAACAGGCACCCAGCCAGCCGAGCGGCACCUCCACCACCGAUAUCCCCAAGGACGAGGUUGGCUGGUACUUUGUCGAGCAGUACUACACCACCCUAAGCAGGACCCCGGACAAGCUCUACCUCUUCUACAACAAGCGGUCACAGUUCGUUUCUGGCACCGAGGAGGACAAGGUCAAUGUUUGCGUCGGUCAGAAGCCUAUCAACGACAGAAUCAAAGAGCUCGACUUCCAAGACACCAAGGUCCGGGUCACCAACGUCGAUUCGCAGGGCUCCGACGCGAACAUCGUCAUCCAGGUCAUUGGCGAGAUCUCCAACAAAGGCCAGCCGCACAAGCGAUUCGUCCAGACCUUUGUCCUUGCUGAGCAGACCAAUGGCUACUUCGUCCUCAAUGACAUCUUCCGGUACCUCGCUGAGGAGGCUGAAGAGGAGGAGGAGGUUCAGCAUGAUCCGGCUGCUCCUGCGACGGGCGUGCAGGAACCCGCGCCCACCGCCGCCGUUCCCGAGGAUGAGAGUCUGAACAGGAGCGACGAGAUUGCCAACAGCGAGGAGGACCUGACCAAGGUUGAUCACAAGCUCGAGGAGGCUGCUCACGAAGAGCCUGUCCGCGAAGUUUCCCCGCCGCCCGCUCCCGUCAAUGGCACCCCAGUUCCUGAGGCUGCUGAGAUCGCCCCGGCUGAAGAGGCUCCUGCGGCUGUUGUGUCUGCCCCUGAGGAGGUGCCCAAAGAGCCUGAAGCCCCGGCCGUCGAGGAGGCCGUUGAGCCGGAGAAGCCCAAGGAUCCCACCCCAACUCCCGCUCCCGCUGCCCCCAAGGCCGCUCCCACUGCAACCCCAGCUGCCCCGCCGAAGCCCGCUGCACCGCGCACCUGGGCCAGUCUAAUUGCUUCCUCUCACAAGGUUGCCACACCAGUUGUUCCCGCUUCCGCUACCCCGCAGACAGCUUCGCAGCCAAAGUCCGCUUCGCCGGCCUCGGUCCAGCCCUUGGCUGUGCCGACUCAACCAUCCGCGCCCGCUCGUGAGCCGUCGCCGGCCAACAGCCAGGGUGAGGCUUCCGGCUGGCAAACCGCCGGUCACAAGAAGGAGCAGUCUAGGGCUCAGAACCAGGCUGCGGGAGCCGACGCGGAGAACAAGCGCGCUUACAUCAAGAACGUCUACAGCCAGGUCGAGGAAGGGUCGCUGAGGGGCGCUCUCUCUAAGUUUGGCGAUAUUGAAUACCUCGACAUCAGCCGCCAAAAGAAUUGUGCGUUCGUUGACUUUAAGACUCCUGCCGGAUUCCAGGCCGCUGUCGCUGCCAACCCCCACACCGUCAACGGCCUCGAAAUCAAGGUUGAGGAGCGUCGACUACGCCCUCAGCAACCCUUUCCAUAUCCCCGCGGUGGUGCUCCUCGUGGCCGCGGCGGCAUUGGCGGCCAGCCUCGUGGUGGUUUCCCGCCCCGUGGAGGCCGCGGCGGCUCUAUGGGCCGUGGCGCUCGCCCCGCCCCGCAGGACGCUUGAGCGUGGUAAUCGAACGAUUACUUCUCCCGGACACUUUUGCUGCUCGUUGCAGGAAAAGGCAAGCUUUCCGUUCCCAACAUCAGAAAUGGCUGAGUCCUUAAUGACUGAUGGCUUUACUCAUGUACUGUACCCAC